GACUUAGAAGUCCUAAUCAACAGAAUGACCAACCACAGUUCCAAAGGAUUCAAGAUGCUACCUACCUCUAGAGAACUGAUCAGUUUAGAAUACAGACUGAGACAUUGAGGAUGGGGGGGGAUAGAGGAGGAGACAUGACCAGCAUAAGCAUUUAUUUGCUUGACUAUAUGUUUAGAACUUGUUUUAUUUUUCUUGCUUUCUCAGGAGAGAGAAGAAAAAAAAUGCAGACCUUAAAGUAAAAUAAAAAUUAAAAGUAUAUAUACCUAACUAGCAGGUUACCUUAAAAAAAAAGUGGGGAAUUGGGUUGGGAUUCCACUUUAUAGCGGAUAUGAGAAAAAAGAAAAAUUCUGCCUCCCCAGCUGAGUCUGAGAAGCCCAUCAAGGUUCUUCUAAACUUGAAGCUUUGGUAUCUAGUCCUGCUGUUACACUGUUACUGCCAGUCUCCAUGGAGACGCAUCCCAACCCUAUUCUAGAACCCUAGAUCAUGACAGGACCACUUGGUAAAGAGAAUUGACUUCUAGGUGUGUCAUGGAGGCUUUGGGGAAGGUACUCUCCUGUCCGGUGUGUUUGGAUCUAUUCACCCCACCUGUUCUUGUCCUUUCCUGUUCUCACAACUUCUGCAAACAGUGCCUGGAGCAGAUCCUUCUCUGCCAGAAUUGCACCCACGUGAAUGGGCAGUUUUGCUGUCCAGUAUGCAGGAAAGUCAUAUAUUUGAGAGGAAGGGGGACAAAUGGAUUGCAGAGGAACAUUCUGGCAGAAAACAUACUGGAAAAAUUUAAAGAUGAACUGGAGACUAUCCAUGCCAAGGAGCAAAACCAGCUUGCUCAAAUGUGUGAAAAACAUGGAGAAAUUAUGAAUCUGAUGUGCCUGAAUGAUGAUGAACCGAUAUGUGGAAUCUGUAAACUCUUUGGUGACCAUAAACCUCACAGGAUUGCAAAAAUUUCAGAAGCAUAUUCAGCAAGGAAAAUUACUUUUGCUGAGGAUAUACAGCUGGUACUUCAGAAAUCUGAAAGCACAACUCAAGCAACAGAGGAAACAGAAAAAUUGAUCAGCGAGCUCAUCACCAGCACAGCAGACACUCGAGCUAUGAUCGACACUAUUGGAAGCAGCCUAUUAAAUGGUAUCAAAUUUAGGAUUGCUACCCUGAAAAAGAAAUUAGACAAUGAACAUUCUACCAAGUUAGAGAAAUUACAGCUUGUUGCCAGGGAACUUCAAGCUCCCAGACAGCUUUACCAACAGAUGAAAACUCUUCUGGAGCAACAUCUGAACGCAGUGCAAUUCCUUCAUGAAGAUAAAAAGCUCAGGACAGAAAUGGAGAGACUUAUGGAAGGCAACUCUCUCCCAAAGGUGCCAAUAAAAGAUAACAUUUCCAUUAGGCACUAUUUUCAAGAGCUCAUCAAAGGCAUGGACAUCACUGAUUUUGUUCUUUCUAAAACAGACCAGGUGUUGGUGAAUACUGCCGAACUGUGUGAAGCCUGGAGAUCAGGGUGUCCGACACAAAGCACUUUGUCAGGAGAUAUACCAGAUGAGAUUUUCUGCAAGACUGUGCUGGGUUUGUUUCGAAAACCUAAUGAAAAGGAGCUCAGCCUUCCUCGAAACCCAUCCUGUUCAGCUUGUAGUCCAUCUACUCCCAUUAGCUCCACACAAGAAAGUGAUGCUGGGUCAAAAGAGUCAACAGUAUAAGGCAAUAUUUAGUGCAUGAAGAUGAAUGCUGCUUCUAUCACUGCAAAUGCAGUCAGAAAGACACAACUACAUUAAAAAAAAAAGACUCUUCAAGGUGUGAUUUUUUCCCUCUCUUUGAACCAAAGGGCUUCAUUGGGAAUUUAGCUUAUGAGAAUUAUUUUUUAAUGGAAACUUCAUGUAGAUCUUUUUUCAAGCUUUUCUUGUGGAUUAAUUAUGUCUCAGGUCAGCAUGUAAGUGCUUUCAAUCUGGAAGGAUUGGGAGCUGAGUUUUUGGCCAACGAGAGGAGAAAUAUACCAGGACAAAAAAGCAGAAGAGGGUAGAGGAGUGAUUAUCUCUGAUCACUUGCCAUAGAAUGUCAGUUCUUGGGGUUGGCCUAAGAACAGUUUUCAUUGGUUAGAAAUUCUAUUAACACAUUUCUUUCCACAGCAAUGAAAGCCUUGGAGAGAUCCUUGCUUGUGCUUUCUCCCCCUUUGUUUUCCCCUUCUAUUGAAUGAAGUUAACUGCUAGGAAAAGCCUCCCUUAGGAAUUCUGUUGUAGUUUUGCAGAAGUGGAGGAAAUGCUUCUACCUCCUAAAUUCUUAUCAAAAGAAGAAGUCUCAAUUAGUGGACAGCACAAUCUCAGGGACACCAGAGUCUAGAUUCCACUUCUGACGUUACCACUUACUACCUUUUGUGAUCUUGAGAGAAAGUCACUUCCUUUUUUCCUCAGAUUCUUUAACUGCUAAAACACUAGAAUAAUUCCAAGUUCCUUCUAGUUCUACAUUCUAUUCCAUUAAAAAAAAAAAAAAAGCAUUCAUAAGAGCCUCAGUCUAGGAAGGGGAAAAGUGAUGGCUCACAUUUUUCUAGUGGCUUCAAACACUUUCCUCCAAAUAGUCUUAGGAGGUGGCUAGCACUAUCUUAUAGAGGUAGAAGUUUAAAAAAGGUGAAGGGGCUUGUCUCCAUUUACACAGUGAAUGAGAAGCAGAACCCAAACUGGAACUGGGGUCUCCUGACUCCCCUUAAUCCCCUUUCCACUGAAGCCUCUUUCUAGUGUAUUUGGCAUUGAGCUAGAGAUUGAAGAGUCUAUAAAAGAAAUGUAAACUGUAAACCGUAAUCCCUGCCAUCCAAGAGUUUAUAAUCUACUUGGAAGCAUCCAUGUUUCUCCCACACAAUGGUAUUGAGGUUUUAAAGAAGUUUUGUGUUUUUCAAGGAUUUUUUAAAACUUGUAAUUAUCAGAAAUAGGCUAUGUACUUUAUAAGUCUAAGAGUCCCAAGAGUGAAAAGAGUAGAUUUGUUAACCAGGAAUGGAAAGAGUAACCCAUUAAUAUCUACAGCUACAUUAACACCUCCACCAAAAUUAUUCACUAUUACCUUUUUAGACUAAUAGAGUGCAAGCUAUGACAUGUCCUAGCAAGCUAAAAAAGCUUUUGACUAUGGGCUCAGGAAUGGAGUGUUAGUCAUCUGUGGAUCAGCUUAGAGAGUUGAUCAUGGGGCAACUAACUUUUUCAGUUAUAAGUACAGUGAAACUGUACUAUGAUACAGAGGAGUAGUGAUCAGCAUCAGAGAAGGGAGCACCUGCACCAAUUAAAGAAAAACUAUCAGAUUAACUAUCAGAUUAGCUAAGUACAAAUUGCAGAAGGAAAAGGUCCUAGGAAAGCUAAGUCAAUGAGGAGGGGGGAAAAAACCCUGGAAUAUGACUAUCAUGGAAGAUAAAUGGAAUGGGAUACCACAUGAGUGGUCAGAUGCAUCUUAAAGAAUCCAGGAGAGCAAAAUACUCUAGGCAAGGGGAAGGGGAAAGUGAGAAAAGGAGAUGAAGUAUAGGGAGGGAGAAAAAGAAAACUAUAAGUAAAUACAUUUUACCACAUAUGGGUCCUGGGCCUACAUGUAAGUCAUGUAACAUUUCAGUGGGUUCCCACGUCGUCAUUCUCUAAACUAUAGUUGAGUAAACUUCUGUCCAGAUUGCUCUCCUCUACCUACACAAGCUGGACCCUGCUGUUCUUUUGGAGAGCUGUUUCUGAUUGUUUCACAAUCCUAUCAAAAAGAGACUAGGUAGAGUUGAAUAGCUAAGGAUACUAUUUAAAAAAAAAAAAAUCCUUCUCUGUAAAACAUUGGCCAACUUAUGGCAGUCUAAUCUUGCAUGUGGGUAUUUUGGUUCAUCAAGGAGAAUGUGCUUGGGGCUGUCAUGAGGAAUUCCACCAACCAGGACUUCCAUACAAUUCCAUUUCUUGUUGGGCUGUCUUCACCAUCACACAAAGCUUCUAUUCUGUCAAGCUUUGUUUACAGUACAUAUAGUAGUUUUAGAAGGCAAGAGUAUAUAUCUCCUAAAGGUCUUUAACCAUGAUGAAACUCCUAAACAAAUCAGUAACUGGAGUUAGGAGCCAAAGGUGACUGUCUUAGUUUGAUCAUCAAUUUAGAGUCCAUGUGUGACCUUGGGUCUAUCACUUUCCUCUGGACCUAGUGUUUUCUAAUCUAUAAUAGAAGUACCUGGAUCUGAGGGUGUCCCUGGACCUUUCCAACUUUACAAACUUCUGUUACAACUCUACCAUAUUUUAAAGCUUCAGUUCCCUUGAAAGAGAACAGGAUUCUAAGAGAUUUUCAUUACCUAUUUUUCAACGAGAAUUGUCCCUACCAUGGCUGUAAUAGUUUUUUUUUUUUUUUUGAAGAAAUUACUUUGGUAUGCACAUGGUAUACAAAGCAGGGUUAGAAGCCAAAUAUUUCUGCUUUGUCUUUCCAAUUCCAUGUCUUGCCAAGUUCUAUUUCAAACGUCUUAAGGCAAAAGCGUUGAGGCAUCAGAAACAAAACUAGGGUACCUUCACUAGCGGCUUCCAAGCAGGAUAGCACUGGGAUUCACAAGAGCUCAAUCGAAGUGUACUAUCUGCUGCUUAAGGAGGGUGCCUCCAGGCUGGCUCAUCUCAAAUCCCCCAUCUUGCUAACUACAAGCUGACCACUCACUGCACCCAAAUUCUUCCAGCCGGUGAGGUAGAAAAUAGAGCAUUUGUUAAGCACCCAACCGGCGGGGCUCUCCCGGUGUUGGGGAAGCUGGGGGGGGGGGGGAGGGUUGGAGGGGGAGGGCGGGGAGGAGCACCGAGAACGACUCCCCUGCAAGGUGGGGCUGGAGCCCUGAAGGAGAAGGGUGUCCCAAGAAGGGGGUGGGCAGCCGGACUGCGGGCCCCACAGGGACACAUAGGGGCUCUUUGGAAAUGGGAGGGCUUGAACCCGGUUGGGGCUGGACAAAGUGGAUCCCAAGGGUUAGGGCGGGACUGGGGGGCGGGGGAGUGAGGAGAAACCGGGAUGGAGCGCAGCGCUCCCGCAUCAUCUUUGAAGCUUCCUUCCUGCUCUACAUUCUUUGCCAGAGGUUACCCCAAAGCUGAUCAAAGGCAGAGCUUGAACAGAAC